AUGGAGUUCUAUCCCCAACUGUUUCUUAACCUAGCCGUCCCCUACGUUUCUCUGUACUUUCUCUUCCUCGUCUUCCGAAAGAAAACCUCCGCUCCUAACCUGCUGCCCAGCAAAAGAGGAUGGCCGAUCAUCGGCAAGUCCCUAGAUUUUGUUGGUGCUGCGAAGAGUGGUUGUCCCGAGAAAUUUAUAAAUGACCGAACCACCAAGUACUCGUCAGAUGUCUUCCGUACCUCGUUGCUUGGCGAGGACAUGGCCGUGUUCUGCGGGGACACCGGCAAUAAGUUCUUGUUCUCUGGCCAGAACAAGUACAUCGCCACCUUGUGGCCCACCUCCAUGAAGAAGGUGACCAUCUUCCCCGAGACCAUGGAGAAGUUCAACAAGGAUGAUCUCGAGAAAAUGCGCAGCUUCUUGCUGGAAUUCCUAAAACCCGAGGCACUCCAACAUUACAUACCUAUCAUAGACUCCAUGACUAGGGAGCACUUGGAGAGUGAUUGGUCUCCUUAUAAGAAAGUGAAGGUGUUUCCCUUGACAAAGAGCUACACCUUUGCUUUGGCAUGCCGUUUGUUCAUGAACAUUAAGGACCCUAAAAUCGUGUUGAAAUUCGGCGACCCAUUUGCUCGUAUUGCUCCGGAUUCACUUCGGUGCCUAUCAAUGUUCCAGGCACGCCAUUCAACAAAGCAGUUGAAGGAGGAAAAGUCAUAA